AUGGGAGAAGCGGGCAUUGAAGUGAGAGUCGUUCACUUCAGAGUAAGUCAAGAGCAAGAAUUUUCCUCUCUCCAAUCCACCAUUCUUAGGUACCACACUUUCCGGUCCAGUUCCUCAAACACCUGCACCUCCCUAACAGUACAACGCAUUGAUGCACCAGCCACCGCAGUAUGGCCAUUGUACGUGCUUUUGAAGCCCCUCAAAACUACAAACACUUCAUCAAAAGCUGUCGACUGGUGGGCCGUGGCAGGCGAUGGCGGAGUCUGGAGCUUCAGCCAUGUCACGGUGGUUUUCGGGCUGCCAGCUUCGACAAGUAUCGAGAGGUUAGAGAUGGUGGAUGAUGAAAGAUUUGUACCGAGUUUUAGGGUUGUGGGAGGUGAGCAUAGGCUUAAAGAUUACAAUUCUAUUACAUCGGUAAAUGAACUAUUGAAUGAGGAAGAAAGGGCUUAUACUGUUGUUUUGGAAUCUUAUGUUGUGGAAAUAGCAGAAGGGAACACAAGAGAGGAUACUAGGUUGUUAGUUGAUACCAUUGUCAAGUUGAAUCUUCAAAAGCUUAGGGAUGUUGCCGUGGCGUUCGUGCGAGGUUGCUGA